UUCGCCAAAGCGUUGUGUAACUACAAUUAGCUUCCGGUGGGAAACAGGGAACAGGCAACAACAGAGGACAAACCAGACAAGCAAGGUUUCAAACAUGUCUGUGGAUUGGGUGGGAUAUGGAUAUGCAGCCCUGGUGGCAUCAGGGGGAGUCAUCGGCUAUGUGAAAGCAGGCAGUGUUCCCUCCCUGGCUGCCGGACUUCUCUUUGGGGGUCUUGCAGGUGUUGGCGCCUAUCAGAUCUCCAAUGACCCCAGUAAUAUUUGGCUGUCUCUAGCUACAUCAGGUGCACUGACAGGUGUCAUGGGAAAAAGGUUCUAUGGCUCCAGGAAAUUCAUGCCUGCUGGCCUCAUAGCGGGUGCAAGUCUUCUGAUGGUGGGGAAACUCAGCAUGGCGCUUCUAAACAAACCUCAGCAAUCCUGAGGAGAAGAACCAUCACUUACGCACAGUCAGAAAAAUGAAGCAUUAGCUUUAAUUAGUAUUAUUUUCUGCAAAAAUAUUGUAUGCAAAUAAAAUAUUAAUUCAAGUCAAUGCUUCAUUUCUUGGAGUAUGAAUUACAUUGUAUGCUAAACUCAUUUUGUACCAAAAAAAAAGAUUGAAAUAAAGCAUCAAAUUCCAUUUA